AUGCUCAACGGUCGCAGUGAGGCGAUUGUUACCGCCACCUCUGUCUUUCUGGCCCUGUCGCUGGUCACCGUGUGCCUGCGAUGUUUCGUUCGCGCGCGCAUAGUGCGCGCUUUUGGCCUGGAUGACUGGGCAAUGGUCGCCGCCAUGGCCCUCAACGUAGCAUUCGCCAUUUGCACUCUCGUUGGUUGCUCUUAUGGGAUGGGCCAGAAGACGGAUUACUUUCUAUUGCACCCGGACUAUUACCGUCGAGCUCUACUGUGCUGGUGGCUCGGUCAAGUCUUCUAUGUCAUCACCUGCGUCGUCGCCAAAAUGUCCAUCAUCAUCUCCCUCCUGCGCAUCACGAUUAACCGAGCGCACAUCUUCACCCUCUACGCCGCCAUGGGCCUGGCCCUGGCUGUGGGUCUUCUCUUCUUCUUUUUCACCAUCUUCGAAUGUAAACCGGUCGACUACUUCUGGGACCAAUUCACCAAGCCGGGGUCGUGCCUCGAUAAGGAUAUUCUCAUUGCCAUUGCGUAUACCUACAGCGUGGGUGCGGCCGUCACCGAUUUCACGAUUGGAAUAUUGCCCGUAUUCAUCAUCUGGUCGCUGCGGAUGAACGCCCGGACGAAGAUGGCCAUUGCAGGGAUUUUGGGAUCGGAUGCAUUGCCAGCGCGGCCGUCAUUGUUCGAAUUCCGUUUAUCCACAAUUACAAGGACCCCGACUUUUUCUAUGCAACCUACCAAUAACGUCGAAGCCGGACUGGGCAUCACGGCAGGUUCGCUGACGACCCUACGUCCUCUGGUUCGCUUUCUUCGGGAUGGCUCUUCGGCCUCACGAAGUCAUCAACGACAACCAGGCUCAUUUCCGCUAUCUGGCAACAUGCCCAAGGGGCUCACGCGCCGGUCGAAACCCGAUGAGGCGGGCGACGACGCACGUCGACUGUGGACGGGAAUGGCGGACGAGGAGUAUCAGGGCGUCACAACCACGAUUAUUACAGGGAGCCAUCCCACAAAGCGGGGAGAAAGCGAGGAGAGUCUAACCAAUUGA